GCUAUUCUCUCUUCCCCACCGAAAUCUAGGGUUUUCUUCAGCUUUCGUUCCCUUUUAACAUUGUUCGCUCUGCAUACUCUGUCUCUCUCUCCCCCUCUGCGUCGCCAUCUCUACGGGCAUCGGAUAAAUCUGGUCUAUUGAUGGAGUUACCGGCGUACGAGGGGGGUACGGGGGGUAAGUUUCGGCGGCGGCCUGUGCGGCGCCCCUCGCCAUAUGAUCGGCCGCCGUCGGCUGCGCGCGGGCUACGUGGAUUAGGAACAGCUGUUGAGAGCAGGAGCGGGUGGCUCUCGAAGCUCGUUGAUCCUGCGUCGCGGUUCAUUACUGGGAGCGCCUCUAGGAUAUUUUCAUCUGUAUUCCGUAAGGGGCCCAAGGGCUUGCCUGAAGCUGAAGGCCCAGAGCAAAACUGCCAAGUUAGACCAUUUGUGCCUCAGCCAGUUGAUGUUCCUCAGAGUGAAUCCCAGGUUCAAGAAGCAGUUGAUGGUCACAACCCAAUGAAUUUUGAGACUCAGGGAAUUUCUGAGAUUGAGAAACUGCUGAGGCAAAACAAAUAUACAAAGGAUCAGGUUGAUUAUCUAACAGGAUUAAUAUGUUCAAGAGCUAUUGAGCCAACUGGACAAGAGUCAGAAAAUUAUAACGAGAAAAUUUCUGUUUCUGACAAAGGAUUUGGUGUCUGGAACUCCAGCUUAAAUAGAAAUUUAUCAGCAUCAGAAAGUCCUUUAAAUAUUCCUCAGGAUGUGGCUGCUUCUCCUGCAGAAAUCGCUAAAGCAUACAUGAGUUCUAGACUCCCAAAAGCAUCCACUUCAACAACAGGUUUGCAGAGCCAAGGCUUUCGGGAACACAGAAGUUUGCCUUUUUCUGGGCCUUCUGCAACAAAACCACAUGGCCUGCCACUCAUGCCUCGGUCUGUUUUGCCCUUUUCUGAACCCCAUGAAUUUUCUGGUGCUGGUUAUCCCACUCCAAAACCUCGUGGAAGAUCUGAUAUAUAUAGAAUGUCCCGAUCUCCCUAUUUCAAGAUCGAUCCAGCAGUAAAUGCGGUGGUGGGCAAGUAUACAACUGUCGGGAAUGCUUCUACUUCUUCUGUUGCAACCCCUGGGAGCACUUCAAAAUCUGAUGGCAGACAGGUCUUGAAACGAGUUAGCUCAAUUCUAGAUAGCGAAUAUGGAUCUUUUGGCCCUAUUCGUAGGGUUCGUCAGAAAUCUGCUCUGGUUUCUGCAGCUAAUGCACGACUCACGCCUUCAAGUAGUUCCCGUAGCUUUCCUUUACUCCAACUUGAUAAAGAGGAGUUGAAGGAGCCUUAUUCAUCUCGGCAGCCUUGUUCACCAAAUGAACUGAAGUAUGUCAGCUCAGGCUUACAGAUUAAUGAAAAUAGGGAUAGUAAAAUAUUUUCUCCAAAUGUUCCCCCGGUUCCAGGGCAUUCAACUGAAACAAGUCGAAAAAUAUUGGAACAACUUGAUAAAUUUACACCUCCAGAAAAGAAGUCUAAUAUAAAGCCUAUGGCCAUGGAUGAAUCACCUUCGAAGCUAACCACUGAUAUGCUUAAUGGACGGGCCCUUAGAAGCAUGGAGAAUGUUGAUACUUCCCAAUUUACAGGCAUUGAUGUGAUUGAUACUUCAGACAUUAGAAAUGCAAAGGAUCCAAAAAAUGUUAGAGGUUCCCAAUCAGAAAAGCUUGGCAAAGUACAGGAAACUAGUUCAUCAAAUUUAGAUGUUUUAGGUGUUAAAUUUUCGAUGGAUGCCAAGCCCAGUAUUCGUUCUGCAGACAUCACCAAUGUCAUUCCCGCUACCAUGCUUUCUCGAAGGAAGCCAGCUUUCCAAAUGACGGCUCCGGAGGAUUUCCUUGAGGUGGAUGAUGAACAAGAUGCAGAUGUUUCUGUUCAAUCAACCCUUAAUAUGGUUAAAACAGAGCCUAAAACUACAGAAACUGAAGCAUCUAUUUCUGGCAUGUCAAUACCAGGGCAGACUUCGCCGUCUCCAUCGAAAAGUAUAACUGUUUCCAGUUCCGUACCCUUCACUGAAAUUGGCAAGACGAAUAAUGUGUCUGGUGAUUCUAAAGAGGAGAGCAGUUUUAGAUUUCCGGUUGCAACUAAUUCCAGUGGUCUCUCUUUGCCAUCCCAAUCACUCGAUAAGCUGCUGCCUCGAAGCGAACAAAUGGUUCCUGCAUUUAUGUUUGGUUCCAGGAGUUCUGGUACAGACAUCUCUUCAUCAAUUACAGAUGUUGUUAAUGAUUGUUUUGUUGAAUCUAAACCAGACCAAAGGACUCAGUUUGAAAGUUCAAACCUUUUCAGUCGUGGCAAGGAUGAAGCUGGUCUGCAUAAAUCUUCUGGAACAGUUCCCUUCUCUGGUUUAUCAACUUCAGGUAGUGCGGAAACCAUUGCUUUUGGUGCGUCAAUCACUUCAACCCAGAGCAAUGGCUCAGUAUGUUCAUCUUCAUUGUCAUCCUUAUCAGCAGCUUCUACAGCAGAUACAAUUUCUCGGCCACCAGUGAGUUUAUUCUCAUCAAACAGCAAUUUGGUAGUCACAAGUUCCAGCAGUCCUAUUUCAUCUGCUUCACCUGCAUUGUCCUCUCCCAUUACUUACAAUUUUGGAGCCGCCUCAACUGCUGCUCCUGUUUCAGUUUCUUCAUUAUCAGAUAAAUCUAAUUCUGUCGAUACAGAAGGAAAGCUUUCUGUCAAAUCUCCAUUCAGAUCAUUUACUACUCCCACCACACAGGUUGCAUCAUCAUUUUUAAGCGCAGGAAGCAGUGAUACUUCUUUAGUUGGGUCCACCCUUCCUGGCUCAGGAGGUACUACCUCUGUUGAAGCAAUGCCUUCCUCAAGCAUGAGUAUGGCUGCAUAUUCUACAUCAUUAAUGCCUUAUACUUUCUCCGGCGCAUCUAGCAGUGGCUCUGGUUUUGCACCAACUUCUUUUUCAGCUAAAAGUAUUGGUGUAUUUGGUUUGGGUUCUUCUUCACAGACUGAUAGCAUAAGUGUUUCUGCUGCUAAUAGCAGCUCUCAGAAUUCCAGCGCAAAUUUUGGUGCAGCAGGGGGAUCUCUGUUUGCUGCUCAGCCAGCCCAAUCUGGUAGCAAUAAUUCACAUUUAUCCCAGAGUUUAACUAGUCAACCUGAUUCCUUUUCUUCGUCUUCCACUUUAGGGCCGAGCAGCUCUUCCUUCCCAGUCUUUGGCACCUCAUCAUCUUCAGCAUUUGGAUUGAAUAGUUCAUCUUCACCAGGAUCUGGGCAGGUGUUAUUUGGAGCUUCAAACCAAGGUGCAAAACCUUUUGGUUCAACUUCUGAUUUCUCUUUUAACGCUGCCCCUUCGACCAGAUCAAGUACUGGGCUUUCCUUCUCGACUGGUGCUGGUGCAUCCAAUACAAGUUCUGCAUUCUUCUCCUCUGUUGGCAGUGCGUCGAAUUCAAGUACCGGGUUCUCAUUUCAAACUGGCUCUAAUACUAUAAAUUCUGGUUUCUCCUUUUCUGCUAGUGCAAGUUCUUCCAGUCCAACUGGCAAUAACAUUUCACCAGUGGCCACUUCGGGUUUGUUUGGCGGCAGUUCUUUGGGUCCAUCAUCUUCUAUCUCUAGUUCUCUGUUUGGUUCUUCACCAUCAACAGGACUUUCAUUUGGACUUAAAUCCACUGCAUCCGGUGUUCCCUCAUUUGGUUUUGGUUCUUCAUCAGUACCUGCUUUUUCAUUUACUUCAUCUAGUGCCACUAUGUCAGCUUCUCCAGCCACACCUGUUUUUGAAAUGCGAAGCACAUCUGGAGGGUUUAGUUCUGUAUCACAAAAUAAUGACCAGAUGAGUGUUGAGGACACCAUGGCGGAUGACACAAACCAAGCUCCAGCGUCCACUGUUACCUUUGGGCAACCUAACAACAACCCAUAUUCAAAUUUUGUGUUUGGUUCUGCAGUGCCAUCUAGUGGAACCAACCCUUUCCAAUUUAACAGCCAACAAAAUCCCCCAACCCUUCAAAAUCCAAAUCCAUUUCAGACGGGCGGUAACUCUGAGUUUGCACCAGGUGGGAGCUUUUCUUUGGGUAGUGGUGGUGGUGACAAGUCUUCUAGAAAAAUUGUGAAAGUUAGACGAGAUAAAAUCCGGAGGAAGUAGGGAUUGAAGUUAUUUUUUUCAAGUAUUUCGCUGUUGGUUUCAUUGUUACUCUUUUUGGGCAAAAAAAAAUCUGAAGCAAGAGGUAAGAUAUAUUGUUUGUUCACCAUGACUCUGGAUAUUUCCGUGCAAUGGAGAAAUUUUUUGUGUA